AUGGAGAAACUAAUCAACGAAGGCGCAGACGGAAGACUGGAAGGUAAGACUGUGUACUUCGUCCACUUACUCUACAUGCCUACCAACAGUGCCUGUGGCCGUUACCGGCCGGCGAAAGAGGGAGCUGUCGAUUGAGGAGAGUCAACCAUCGACGAUUGGAGAAGCUAACCACCGAACGCGCAGAUGGAAGACUGGAGAGUAUGAGUCUGUGUACUUCGUCCACUUACUCUCCAUGCCUACCUACAGUGCCUGUGGCCGUUACCGGUCGGUCAAAGAGGGAGCUGUCGAAUGA